CCUCCAGAGUCUUUAGUCCCCGGUUCCUCCGAUGUGGAUCGUCUGGCAGAGGCAGCCAAUCUCACGAGCAACAUCGCUGGUAUUCAUUUUGGCCGAUUACUUGAAGGAGCAGGUCUUAUGACUAUUGCACUGACAGUUGGAUUCGGCAUCUCUUGGAAAAUGGCCUUGGUCACACUCGCAUUCUUUCCACUUUAUCUGAUUUUAGGAUUUCUUCAGCCAGUGAUUUCCAAACUGUGCAUCGCGGCACUCUGGGGAGCCGCGGACUCUUAA